AUAAACAAAUUGCAUGUGUGGGUGUGCGUAUACUUGUAGCUCCUUUCUCCACAAAGCCGCGUUCAAAGACCCAAACCCAACCCUAGAUUGAGAGAAAAAUCCCCAAAAACAAAACACACAUCUCUUUCAUUCUCUCCCUCACCAAACCCUAGAUUGAAAGAAACCCUAACACACCAUGGGAACACCCGAGACAUCGCGCGAACCCUGCCCCGAUCGCAUCCUCGACGACAUAGGCGGCGCCUUCGGCAUGGGAGCGGUGGGUGGCUCCGCCUUCCAUUUUCUCAAGGGUCUCUACAAUUCCCCCAAGGGCGAUCGCUUCGUCGGCGCCACCCAGGCCGUGCGCCUCAACGCCCCCCGCGUCGGCGGCAGCUUCGCCGUCUGGGGCGGCCUCUUCUCCGCCUUCGACUGCACCAUGGUCUACGCGCGCCAGAAGGAGGACCCCUGGAACUCCAUCGUCGCCGGCGCCGCCACCGGCGGCUUCCUCUCCAUGCGCCAGGGCCUCGGCGCCUCCGCCCGCUCCGCGGCCUUCGGCGGCGUCCUCCUCGCUCUCAUCGAGGGCGCCGGGAUCAUGCUCAACAAGUUCCUCAGCGCGCAGCAGCCCAUGCCUAUGAUCAUGGACGAGCUGCCGCCGCAGUCGUCGACCGAGCAGUCGUGGCUCGGAGGGUGGUUCGGUGGAGGGAACAAAGAGGAGACUGCCACCACCGCCGGCUCCGGAAGCGAGACGAAGAUUCUGGAGAGUUUUGAUGCGCCCCCUGUGCCCAAUUUUGAGUAUAAGUAAGUGGAGAAGUUAUCCCAUGGUUCAGUUCAGACCAGACCAACGUAGUCCUAAUUGAUCUCCACAUGUCAUGAAAUUGAUUGUUAUAGUAAAUUGGAAAAACUUGACUAGUUGUCAUUUAGAGAUUGAUUGAUAUCAUAAAACAUGUGGUGGUCUGAGGCUAUCUAAAUAAUUUUCUCAAGUAAUUCGGGUUUUUGGUUUUAGGGGUAGUUAUUUUUUGUGGCGGAGUUGAGAAGUUAAUAUUGAAUUUGUCGUUGAAUCUCACUUGAUGAUUGUCUAUCAUACAAUACAAUGAUUUUGUUUACCUGUUUUCCUUUUCUUUUUUGUUUUUUACAAUAAUGUGUAAUGUAAGUGUAGUGGUAGGCUUUCAUCACAUUUAUAAUUUAUGUAUUGUUUUCUUUUGAAUUAAAAUUUUGAUAUCUUAUCAGAUGGA